AUGACCAAACCAAAUAGCUCCCACUAUGAAGGCGAUCUCAUCAAACCCCCCAACGUAGACCCGAUGAGUCUCGUCCGCGUCCCUCUAACCGAAGACGACAGCAAACGCAUCCGCCGCAAGACCGACCGGGUCAUCCUGCUCGUCCUCAUCUGGGUGUACUUCCUGCAGAUCCUCGAUAAGACGGUGCUCGGGUAUGGCGCGACGUUUGGCAUGAAGAAGGACACGAACCUCACGGGUAAUCAGUACUCGCUGGUGGGGUCUGCGGCGCCCAUUGCCCAGCUGGCCUGGCAGCCGUUCUCGUCGUUUCUGAUCAUCAAGGUGCCGCAUCGGAUUCUGAUGCCGGUGUUGUGUCUUGGAUGGGGCAUUGCGCAGGCUGCAAUGGCGGCGUGUCAUAAUUUUGGGGGGUUGAUGGCGGCGAGGUUCUUUCUCGGAUUGUUCGAAGCUGGAUGUCUGCCUCUGUUUAGUAUCAUCACUAGUCAGUGGUAUCGUCGUGCUGAGCAGCCACUGCGGAUCGCAGCGUGGUAUAGCACAAAUGGCGCUGCGACUGUCAUUGCAGCAGCGCUGUCUUAUGGCUUGGGACAUAUUAAAUCCCACUUACUUCUUCCAUGGCAGAUUAUCUUCCUCUUCGUCGGCCUGAUAACAGUCAUCACCGCACCGUUUAUCUACUGGAAACUCGACAACGACAUCCCCUCCGCUCGAUUCCUGACAGAAGAAGAAAAGCCCCAAGCAAUGGAGCGUCUUCGCGCCAACCAGACCGGAACAGGCAAUCGCGAGUUCCGCAUGAACCACGUCGUAGAAGCCGGACUAGAACCAAAGACGUAUCUGUGGAUUGGCAUGGCGAUGCUGCUCAACAUUGGCGCUAGUGUGACGAAUGUCUUUGGGCCUCUCAUUCUCAGCGGUCUCGGAUUCGACACAUACACCACCACGCUGCUGAACAUGCCCUUUGGCGCAUUGCAGUUCAUCGUGAUUCUCAUCGCGAGUUAUCUCGCGCAGAAAGCGCGUAUCAAGGCCGCUGUUCUUGCUGCGUUCAUGCUUCCUGUCGUGGCCGGUCUGGCUGUUCUCUAUGUAAUGCCUCGCAACGACUCCGUCCACGGUCCUCUUCUCACAGGAUACUAUCUCCUCGCCUUUCUCUUCGGCGGCAAUCCGCUCAUCGUCACUUGGAUUGUCGGCAACACAGCAGGCACCACGAAGAAAUCCAUCGUGAUGAGUCUUUUUAAUGCUGCCACCUCAGCGGGCAACAUCGUCGGGCCGCUGCUUUUCACCGAGAAAGAUGCCCCUGCGUAUCAUCCUGGGUUACGGGCGUGUUUGGGGAUAUUUGUCGCCCUGGUGGCGAUUGUUCUAAUCCAGUGGGCGAAUAUGAUUGUGCUGAAUAAAAUGCAGGAGAAAAGGCGCGUGCAGAAUGGGAAACCAGCCAAGAUGGUGGAUCGGUCGAUGGCGGAUCAAUAUGAGGAGAUGGAGGAUGAAGAGGGGAGAGAGCAGCAGGUGGGCGAUCAGGCGUUUAUGGAUUUGACGGAUCGGGAGAAUGAUGACUCAGGGGAUUCUGAGACAAAGACAGACAAUGGACCGAUUGUCUUGCUGGAUGAAGCUGAAACACCCGACUUUGACGAUGCGCUGCAGCAACUUGCGCAUGACAAAACCCCUCAAACCCAGCUGGUUCUGCUGAACCCCGAAACCGGUGUAUUUGUCGACCAUCUGCGCGACACAUACCGGCUGUUUGAGCAGCACUGGGCCAUCAACCUGCAACAUGCGUCGUUGUUAUCGUCGCAAUUGACCUCCAGCUAUCAUAGCACUGUCAACUCCAAUUGCCUCGACAUCCGCUACAACAUCCGCGAGUCUCUCUCCUACGUCGCCAACAACACCACUCCCCUCGACAGCAGUCCCAGCGUCAACUCCAAUGGCCCCGACGAUAUGUUCAUCCAGCAUGAAUCCGAGCCGCUGUAUUUCCGCUAUAACCUCACCACCGGCCAGACGCUCUACAUCCUGCUCAACCCGCGCAGUGAACUCCGCCGUCAGCUGAAAAGCCUCACUGCCCGUCUCCCCCCAUCCACCCUGCAUCCAUUCGCCCUCCACACAGCCAUCCUCUUCCACACCCUCUCCAGCUGCCGCACCCAGAUCGACAAUAUCGUCAAAUGGCUCCUCUGGAUCGAAACCCAACUCCACCAGGGCUCGCUGUUUGAAAUCGCCGAUGCCGACCGCUUCUCGCGAUACAUUCAGCUGCUGCAUAAAAUGUCGCGCAGCCUCAUCACCCUCGAACAUAGUACGCAGCGCGACGAGUCGAAUAUCAACCAUCUUCUCCGCGACCAUGAGCGCAUAUGGGAUUUAUCCCAGAAACACACUGACAGUGUCACACUCGACGCAUCCAUGCACGAUCGCAUAGGCGAUGAUCUGCGGUGUCUCCGCGGAUUCUGCGAAGACCGACAGCGCCAUAUUCUCAACCUGCGACAGCGCACGCACAGCUUCAUCACGCUGCUAUAUAACCUCAUCACGGGGCACGAUAGUACCGUCAACUUACGCAUCGCAGCGCAAAGCGCCAACAUCGCCCGUGAGAGUCGGCGGGACAGCGUGUCGAUGAAGAUCAUCGCUGCGGUGACGCUGCUCUACCUGCCUGCGACAUUUGUGAGUAGUUUGUUCGGGACGAAUCUGGUUGAUUUUAAUACGGAGGGCACGGAGCAAGAGUUUAUCGUGUCGAGGCUGUGGUGGAUAUAUGUUGUGUUUGCGGUGGUGUUGACUAUUGCCACGAUGGGGGGAUUGGUGCUGUGGUGGAGAGUGAGGGGGUAUAAAAGGAGGCAGAAGGAGAGUGAUGCGGGAUUAAUGGGUUGA